CCGGCGUGGGCCACGCCCAAGCGCCUCCUGAUUUUGUUCUGCGUCAUGUGCCUCUUUAUCUACCUGGACAGAGGCAUGAUUGCGUCCAAUGGGGUCAACGGCGCGGCGGCCACCCCAGAGCACCCGGCCUCUGGCAUCCAGGGUGACUUUGGCCUGUCACUGUUCCAGGACGGCCUGCUGCCUGCUGCCUUCAUGGUUGGCCUGCUGGCCUCCUCCCCGGUGUUUGCCGAGGCCUCCAAGCACCGCAACGGCUUCCGCCUCAUCGGCACCGGCCUGGCGGUGUGGACCGCGGCCGCCGCCGGCUGCGGCCUGGCCCCCGGCUUUGCCUCCCUGCUGCUCUGCCGCAUGGCGGUGGGCGUGGGCGAGGCGUCGUUCGUCGCGCUGGCAGCGCCCUUCAUAGACGACAACGCGCCACCCACUCAAAAGGCGCUGUGGCUGGGCACCUUCUACUGCUGCAUUCCCACAGGCUAUGCGCUGGGCUACAUUUAUGGCGGCCUUGUGGGCGGCUCGCUGGGCUGGCGCGCCGCCUUCCUGCUGGAGGCCGCCGCCAUGCUGCCCUUUGUGGUCUUCUGCCUGCGGGCGCCGCCCAUCAGCCUGCGCGGCGGCGGAAACGGCGCCGGCGCCUCCGUCUCGCACCCCCACCGCGACGACGACGGCAGCGGCGAGGGCGCGGCGCGGCCGGCGGGCCUGCUGGCGCGGCUGCGGGGCCCCGUGGCUGCUGUGGGUCAGGACCUCCGCCUGCUGGCCAGCCACCCCAUCUACCUGUGGAAUGUGGGCGGCAUGACGGUCUAUACGGCGGUGCUGGGCACCUUUGCCUUCUACGGGCCCAAGGCGGGGCGGGAGAUGUUUGACAUCCAGCCCGAGCGAGCCGACCUCACAUUUGGAGCCAUCACCGUGCUCACGGGCACGCUGGGCACGCUGGCGGGCGGCACGCUGCUGGACGCCGUGGGCAGCUCCAUGCGCAACGCGCUGCUGCUGUGCACGCUGGGCAUCACGCUGGGCGGCGCCCUGUCGGUGGCCGCCUUCUGGGCCGCCGGCUCCUUCCCCCUCUUCUCCUUUGUCUUUGCCCUGGCCCAGAUGGCCAUGUUCACCAGCUCGGCGCCCAGCAACGCGGUGAGCAUGUGGUGCGUGCCCACCGCGCUGCGCCCCUUUGCCGUGUCGAUGUCGGUAGUGGCAAUACACGUGCUGGGGGAUGUGCCCAGCCCGCCGCUGCUGGGCGCACUGCAAGGCCGGCUUCAGAACUGGAGGCUG